CCGAGCGGUCUGCACUGCAUAAUCGCCCGCUUUCAUAGACCCACCCGGAUGACUCAGGGAGGAGUGUUCAAAGUAAAAUGGUAAACGGCCUUUCCCCGACAUACAUGUAGGCCUCGGCCCUGAUCCUGACCCUGACCCGGGAUGACUUCCACCUCUUUCACCUAACAGCGCUUACUGCCAUCUCGGUUGUUUGUAAAGCUGACGGAGCCACAGAACGGUAGCUACUCCGUUAAUUGGACAUUCGUGUUCAUUUUAUAUGAGUGUGAAGCUGUCCAGCUUGAUGGUUACGGUCCCCGCUUAUUGUGGCUGGCGCCGGCUUUGGCCCGCGGUCUGAUUGGUCAGUUAGCCUGUCGAUCUGUCGACGUAGCAUAUCUUCAGCUUUGCCCACAUGGAAGUUGCCCUGGCCUGGGUAAAACGUGCCUAGAUUUGCCGCAAUGAAAGGAAUUGGUCACUGCUGAAAAAAGGUUAAUUUACAAGUUUCUGGAUAAAAGUUAAGAUUUCUUCAAUUUGUGGAGGAAGUAACAUUCUUCCUGAAGACAUCUAACCAGGUUUUCUGUGAAACUGUCUUAUUUGUCUGCUGAGACAAGUUAAGAGAUCCCUUAACAUGAAACACGUAAUAACAAUGGCAAAGAGAACUGCAGACAAAGAGCUAACUGAUCGGAAUUGGGACCAGGAAGAAGAAUCGGAAGAGGCAGGAACCUUCUCAGUUGCAAGUGAAGAUGUGCUGAAAAACAGAGCUAUUAAAAAAGCAAAACGCAGGAACGUCCUCAAUGAGUCUGAAGGAGGUGGAGUUUUCAAAGGAUUUUCUGGCCUAGUGUCAUCAACUGGAAGUACUGGAUUUGGAGCAUUUGGCAAUGGUUCUAGUUUUAAGCCUUUACAUGGGUUGUCCAAUGGAAAUACUUCAUCGUCUUCUUCAAAGCCUUCCCAUAGUAGUGCUACAGACUUAAAUAAAUCUUUGGGUUCUUUUCUAUCUAAUGGCCCUCCACCAAACCCCUUGGCAAAAGGUGAAAUAGGUACGAAAACAAAUGGUAUUAAUCAGAUUAACUCUGGGGAUAAAGUGGGCUCCAGUGAGUACAACAGACAACUAGCAGCACUGAAUUGUUCAGUCCGAGACUGGAUCACCAAGCAUGUCAAUGAGAACCCACUCUGUGAUUUGACCCCAAUCUUCAGAGACUACGAGAAGCAUUUGACAAGCAUUGAACAGAAAUAUGGUAGCAGCUCUGACAGUGGCUCAGAGAGUGACACAAGCAGCAAGAGGCCAGAAAUGCAAUCUGUUAACACAUUUGGUGUUAGCAAAACACCACAGGGAACAACCCCAUCAUCUUUAUUCUCAUCUGUCAAAAACAAGGAUAUUAUUCCAGUCACUUCAGAAAAAAAACCUGAGACUGCAAUGGGAAAUAGUGGGAAUAUCAACUUGCUCUUUGGGAAAAACAUGGAAAACUCUCCUUUAACUGGCUUUUCUUUCGGUGCUGGAACAUCAGGCUCAUUGUUUGGAAAAGAUGUGAACCAGGAGAAGACCGUUGCUCCAACUUUUUCCUUCACAGCAUCUGUAGGAAAAAUGGAAGAAGUAAAAGGUAGUGAGCACAAAGAUGAAAAUGAAGAAGAGAGUGAGGACCCUCCUAAACCAGUUAUAAAUGAAAUCAAGGAAGAAGAUGCAAUCUUUUCAAAGAAAUGUAAAAUGUUCUACAAGAAGGAUGGAGAUUUUAAAGAUAAAGGAAUUGGUACAAUCCAUAUAAAACCUGUGGCAGAUCAAAAAUUUCAGUUGUUGAUACGAGCAGAUACUAAUCUAGGAAAUAUUUUACUGAAUAUUAUGCUUCAUCCAUCAUUACCUUGUACAAGAACAGGAAAAAACAACAUCCUUCUCGUCUGUGUUCCUAAUCCUCCCAUUGAUGAGAAAAAUCCAGACAUUGCUAUGCCAAUUUUGAUCCGUGUGAAAACUACUCAGGAUGCGGAUGAGCUUCACAAAAUUAUCAGUGAGAAACAGGCUGCACAUCAAGUGUAAUUGUUGGUGCUCCGAUAGUGUAAACAAGUUUAGCCAAGUUGCUGCUAGGGUCUUCAAUUCUCACCUUUUAAAAUAAAAUGUUACUGGUUGAGGAAAUUAUAAUUGUUUGGCAGAUUGCACUAAAGUGCUUUAACUAUGAAAGGGACAUCCCCAUGUACUGGAGUUAUUUUCUGUGAACAUUAGUGGCCUGACCUGAUUUUCAGCAGCAUUGAUAGAUCAUUUAGACCUUGAGUUUGAUAAAUGGGGCCAGUAUAUUUAAUAACCUGGCAACCAGUGUCAUGGAAAAAUCUGUGUGCUAACCUAGGGAAUUAGAAUUUUAUUUUGCUUACAUUCAGACUUCCAGUUCCACUUUUUUUCUGGUCUCUAGUGCAAAUUAUAAUCAAGUAAUAGGAAUAAUGUUGAAACACCUCUAAUUAAACCAUUGUAGUAGUUGAUAUUUGCCUCUGCUCCAUUUCCAAAAAGGCAGUUGAGUAUCCCUGUUCACCAAUUUGGGGAUAAAGCAUGGAAGGUUCACACCUUUAUUAGAAUAAGAUAAAAUAUUGAGCCGAAGAGAGCUUGGAAGCUGAACUGAGCAGGGAAGAAGUAAAAAUAAAAUCCAACUUAACUGAAGUCAAAUGGCAUAUGGAGGAUGGAAAUGAUUUUGUGAAUACAAUGACGUAAAUUUAAGAAAUCAUCAGUGAUUGGAAUUGGUGAAUAAAUAAAUGUUGAAUUCUUGCCAUUUUCCUAAACUCCCUUGUAGCUGUCCAUUUUUAACUAUUGGUGAGCUACAUUGCUUUCACUUCGUAUCAUAAAGUUGUAUAAAAAAAAAACUAUUGAUCGUUGAUCUUGAUUCUUAAUUUAUGUAACAUUUGAUUAAACUUAAUUUGUUGGAAGAUAAGAAUUUUUAGACCAUAGAAAAUACAUUUCAAACUGGUGUCGUAAGGUGGUAAAUUUGGCCAAAGAUGUGGUUUAAUGCCAUACUUUCCCACUACAGAAGCUUUCUUAAACAUAACCUGAUAUUAUAAAUCAAUGUCCACAGUUGAGCAUUAUCUGCUGUAAUUAAAUAUUGUAUAAAAUAAGCUAACUUGACAGAAUUUACAUGAUUUCAUUUUUCCUCGUGUGUCCUGCUAUGUGAUGUUAUUUUGUUUGAAGAUAUUUUGGAGAGCAUGCAGUACUUAUCUGAGCUUUUAAAGCAUAUUUUCUAUAUAAUAUGGGUUUUUUUGCCUUAAGUUAAGUAAUAGGCAGCUGUUGAAGAGAUCUAUCAGUGGGACCACUUUAGAAAUUGGAUUGUAGCAUUUAAAUUUGAAUUGUAUUUAAAUAAGCAGAUAUAACUAAGAACAUUUAUAGUUCAUGAAUCCUAAAUAUCAAUGUUGAGGUGUACUUUGUAUUGAUCAGGGAAUCCUUGAGGAGUUGGAAAGUAAGCAUAGUUUUAAAUGUUCCUUGGAUGAAUAAAGCUUGAGGAGUUUGUUAUGGUCUUAGUAAUGUUUUUAGUUGAUGUAUUUAAAAUAUUUUAAAGUGAUGUAUAAAAUAAUUAGAACGUUUACAAACUCUAUGCACAGAUUUAUUAUUGAAUAGAUAGCAAUCCAGAUAAGUAUUGCAUAUUUGAACCUCAACUAUUAAUGCUGAGAUUGACAUUAGCCAGUUCUCAUGCCCAGUGAUAUCAAGCAACAUGCACUGUUCAUAUGUGUCACAUGACAUCAGUUUUGAAUUCCAUGAUCUAUAGGGGUAGGGGGCUGGGGCGGUGCCAAAAAUGCACAGAGAUGAAAUCAGAAAUGAGUUGGAUGUACUUACUAUAAAAAUGUCAUAAGUUGGGGAUUUUCUCUAGGGAAGUAAAAGAUAGGAGAUUAAUUAUGAUCUUUAUGUAAUGAGUUGUGACUCAUUCCUAGAAAAUAUUACCAAGUGAUGAAUCUGCAACUAGAGGUUGGGAAGUAGGUAGGAAGUGGAAUAUUCUAUGCAGAGGACCAAUUGAAUAGCGUAGUUAAAUAUAAGCAGAAGCUGGAUAAGCACAAGAGGGACAAAAGAACAGAUUCUCAGUUAUCUGCGAAGGGGUGAGGAACUCGUGAAAUAAACACCAGCAUAGAGGUGUCUGUACUGGCAAUCCAUUGAUGACAUUAUUAAAUUGAUCUAAAAUGAGGCUUUUGUUAUAACUAAUUUUGGUAAAUACAGUUUGCUGAAAUUUUGCCAUACAAGUAUUUUAAAAGUAAUUUUAAAAAUCAGUUUACCAAUGAAAGUGUUAAACUUUUGAGUUAUAGUGGCUUGGGAAAGACUAUAACUUUUAUUUUUGUAAUUCAGUUGCUGAAUCCCAGAGAUUCCUAACUUGAUUUCUUCUAAAUGUUGGUAUUUCCUACAUCUAUAUCUUACCAACCUGCAGGAAUUUUUAAAAUAUUGCUAUCCUUUUCUGUGUCUUAGUUAUUCAGUUUAACGGUUUAUUAAAGGCAGUAUCAUCGCAUGUGAUCUGAUUUAAUAAAAUGGUUCUCAUAAGAGGAAAUGUACAGCACCUUAGAGCCUUCCACAUGAAGAACCUUGCCAACUUUACCUGCUAACUGUCUUUGUUAAAAGCUGGAAGUAAAAUUGCUUGUAACCUG